AUGUCACCUCGUACUCCUGCGCUGAGAACCCCGAGAAAUGUACUCACAAAGAGAAGCGAAAGGAUAAAAAUCCCUACAGCUCAGCGUGGAAAGAGUGUUUCUCAGGAAAAUGUUCUCAAGCGACACGAGAGCACUCGCACAGGAGAGAAACCAUAUCAGUGUUCACUAUGUGGGAGUGGUUUUACACAGCACAGUUCUCUCAGAAAACACCUUCGCAUUCACACAGGAGAGAAGCCGGAUCACUGCUCCCAAUGUGAGAAGAGUUUUGCUCAACAAGGGAGUCUGCAAACACACCAGCGCAUUCACACAGGAGAGAAGCCGGAUCACUGCUCCCAAUGUGAGAAGAGUUUUGCUCAACAAGGGAGUCUGCAAACACACCAGCGCAUUCACACAGGAGAGAAGCCGGAUCACUGCUCCCAAUGUGAGAAGAGUUUUGCUCAACAAGGGAGUCUGCAAACACACCAGCGCAUUCACACAGGAGAGAAGCCGUAUCCAUGCUCCCACUGUGGGAAGAGUUUUCGUAUAGGGAGUAGUCUUAAACGACACCAGCGUGUUCACACAUGA